AUGAAAGACUAUGCAUGGAUAAGUCUUCUCGCAGGAUGCCUGGCGGGCAUAUGCGAAACGAUCGUAGGCUUUCCUUUUGACACUGUGAAGACACGGCUGCAGGCCGCGUCAAAAGACGGGGUAGAAGGCCUCACUUACAGGGGCCCCUGGGAUUGCGUCGUUUCGAAGUUUAAAACGGAGGGCAUUCUCGGCUUUUACCGGGGCGUAACUCCGCCUUUGGUGCAGGAAGCUCUAGGUGUGGCUUUCCUGUACGGGGCCCGUGACUGGUUGCGAGAGCAUCUGAACGCGACGCUCCAAAACCCGCCCGCGCUAGUUCUGUCGUGCUGUCUCAUCGGACUCGGGGAGAGCAUCAUCUAUUGUCCGUUGGACCAUCUGAAAGCGAGACUACAAGUUGCCUGCGUUUCGUCGGAAGAUGAGGACGUCCGGCUCCUUGAGUUGGGUGGUUCAAAUCCGGACAAGAUGGUAGCGGACGCUGGUCCAGAAAAGGAGGAUCCAAAGGCGCGAUCGGAGUCUCUGGGGGUGAUCGAGUGCGCCAAAGAGAUCCUCCGGGCAAACGGGUGGAGGGGACUGUACUUGGGUUGGCCCAUUCAGGUGGCGAAAGAGAUGCUCGGCAACGUGGCGCUCUUCUCUACGUACGAUCUCGUUCUUUCGUUCUUCGGAGCCGCCGAUAUGAACGGCCCAGCACACGGGCACCCCGUCGGAGAGAGCUGGCUCGCCAUAUGGCCGGCGGGAAGCCUGGCGGGGAUGGCGUAUUAUACGGUGAACUACCCCUUGGAUGCGAUCAAGACGCGGCUCCAAACCGACUCGCUCAUCCAGCCGAAGUACCGAGGUUCCGCUGACUGCGUUUGGAAGGUCACGCAGCACGAGCUCGGUUUCUUCGAGCUGUACCGGGGUCUGUCGAUGUGCCUGGCGCGCGCAAUUCCCGGCUGCGCCGUCCAGUUCUUCGUCUUUGAGUUGGUUUUCCGGACAUUUUUCAGGAGCUCGUAA